UUAUAAAGCAGAAAUGCAGGCAAGAUUUUGAUUUCUGUUUAAGAACCUGUGAAGCCUUCCUUCCUUCCUUCCUUCCUUCCUUCCCAUCCAUCUUUCUCUUCUUUCCUUCUGAUAUCUCCUUCCCCUUCCUUCCUUCCUUCCCUCCCGCCUAUCAAACUUUCUUCUUUCUCCCUCUGAUAUUUCCUUCUCUUCCUUCCUUCCCCCUCCUCCUCCCUUCUUUUCUUCCCUCUUUUCCUUUCUCCCUCUCUCCAUCUUUCCUUCCCUCAUCCCUCUCUUCUUCUCCGAGAUUCUUCUCCUUCCUUCCUUCCUAUCAAUCCUUUCUCCCUUUGACAUUUCCUUGUCUUCCUUCCUUCCUUCUCUUCCUUCCUCCCUUCUUUCCAUCCUGCCCUCUUUUCAUUUCUUCCUCUCUCCCUUUCCUUUCCAGCCAUCCCCCUCCUCUUCCUCUGAGAUUCUCCUUCCUUUCUUCCUUCCUCCCUUCCCUUCCCUCCCCUCCCCUCCAUCUCUCUCUUCUUUCUCCUUCUGACAUCUCCUUCUCCUUCCUUCCCUCCCUCCCUCCUUCCUAUCAAUCUGUCUUCUUCCUCUGACAUUUCCUUGUCUUCCUUCCUUCCUCCUUUUUCUUUCCUUCCUCCCUUCUUUUCCUCUCUUCCUCUCUCCCUUUCCUUUCCAUCCACCCCUCUCUUCUUUCUCCCUCUGAGAUUCUCCUUUUUUUCUUCCCUUCCAUGCAUCUCUCGCUUCUUUUUCCUGGCAUCUUUCUCCUUCCUUCCUUCCUUCCUUCCUUCCUUCCUUCCUUCCUUCCUUCCUUCCUUCCUUCCUUUUCCCCUUCCUUCCUUCUUUCCUAACAAUCCUCCUUCUUUUUCCUUCUGACAUUUCCUUGUCUUCCUUCCUUCCUCCCUCCCUUCCUUCCUCCCCUUUUCUUUUCUUCCUCUCUCCCUUUCCUUCCCAUCCAUCCCUCUCUUCUUUCUCCUUCUGACAUCUCCUUCCUCUCUUCCCUCUUUUCCUUUCUUCCUCCCUUCUUUCCUUCCCACCCACCCCUCUCUUCUUUCACCCUCUGAGAUUCCCUUCUCCUUCCUUCCUUCCUUCCUCCCUUUCUCCCUCCCUUCAAUUCCUCCCUUCCUACUCUGCCCCAACCAUCAGGGAGAGGAGAUCUGGGAGCAAAGACUCAGGAGCAUACCAACCUUUGAGGCUGGCCGGGAAGAGGAGGUGAAGUUGUAACCCCUGUUUCCAGACUGGCAUCUGGUCUCACUCCAGUAGCAACAUCUGGGGGAGGCUGGAGGUGCCUCCAGAGAGGCAUCUCUCUCUCUUGCAGCCGGAGCCCUGGAUUGCAUCCUUCCGUCUGACCACAACAGAGGACACAACUGUGUUAGUUCUCGUCCGUCUCCCGGGCAGCUCAAACCCAGGAAUUAGGGACUGAAGAAUAAGACUGGGCAGAAGAAAAUGCCACAAGCCAAGAGGAGAUAUCGGCUACCUUUCUCUUCUCUUUCGCCUCUUUCAAGCCAUCAGCUUGAAGAUGUUGAUAAAGAUCCAAUCCAGUCAACUUUGGGAGCUGCGACCUCUCCUUGUGGAGAUCACGAAGCAGGAGCGUCUCUUCCUGGAAGUCAACAUUCAUGACUGAAGGACUUUCCCAACUCAAUGAACCAAGGGCCGAACUCUCCAAUGCCACCAACUCCACCGAUUGCGGAGAGGACAUCGUGCUGUAUGGGGACACGGAAAAAGUGGUCAUUGGGAUAGCCAUCUCCAUCAUCACCCUGCUGACCAUCGCGGGGAACAGUCUGGUGGUCAUCUCCGUGUGCACCGUCAAAAAGCUCCGGCAACCAUCCAAUUAUCUGGUGGUUUCUUUGGCCGCUGCGGACUUGUCCGUCGCCCUGGCGGUCAUGCCUUUUGUGAUCAUCACGGAUUUGGUGGGAGGCAAAUGGCUGUUCGGAGAAGUCUUCUGCAACGUGUUCAUUGCCAUGGACGUCAUGUGUUGUACGGCGUCCAUCAUGACCCUCUGCGUCAUCAGCGUGGACAGAUACCUGGGAAUCACUCGACCGUUGACCUACCCGGUGAGACAAGACGGGAAACUCAUGGCCAAGAUGGUCUUCGUGGUUUGGCUGCUUUCCGCUUCCAUCACUCUCCCUCCCUUGUUCGGCUGGGCCAAGAAUGUCACGGUGGAGCGAGUGUGUCUCAUCAGCCAGGAUGUUGGCUACACCAUCUACUCCACCGGCGUGGCCUUCUACAUUCCCACGACUGUUAUGCUGGUCAUGUACCACAGGAUCUACAAGGCGGCCAAAGCCAGCGCUCGGAAACACCGCUUCAUGGACUUCCCGAGACCUCACGACCAGGACUGUAUCGUCUGCGUAGACUCUGGCGUACGGCCGCCACGGAGCACCAAACGCAGCCAGGCCGCCAAGGAGUGUGCCACGUUGUCCAAGUUCCUUCAGGAGGACCACAAGAACAUCUCCAUCUUCAAGAGGGAGCAGAAGGCCGCCAGGACUCUCGGCAUCAUCGUGGGCACCUUCACCGUUUGCUGGCUGCCCUUCUUCUUGAUGUCCACCGCCAGGCCUUUCCUCUGUGGCAGCCGAUGCAGUUGUAUCCCGCUGUGGCUGGAGAGAACUCUGCUGUGGUUGGGUUACACCAACUCCCUCAUCAACCCCUUGAUUUACGCUUUCUUCAACCGCGACCUGAGGACUACUUUCUGGAAUCUUCUGCGCUGUAAUUAUCGGAACAUUAACCGGAGGCUUUCGGCGGCAAGCAUGCACGAGGCCUUAAAAGCCACCGAAAAGCAUGAGGGUGUAUUUUAAAACCCGGAAACCAAAAACUCCUACCCACCUACAAUUAGGCCAGGACAGCAAAAGUUCAGAGGUAGGCAUUCCUGGUCUUGUAGGGAAUCCACAAUUAGAUCUCGAUAGAAGAUAAUAUUUGUAGCUCAGGGUUGAACUUGGGAGGUCCUUCGUCCUAUCUGAGCUUGGUUGUUUUAUUGCAAACGUUUCAUGACCCAACUAGGUAACAUAAUCAGUUCUGGAAGAGAGGGAGGUUUAUGGAAAGGAGGAGGAGGAAGAAGAGGAAGAGGACGACUGUGGGGUCCUUGGUACUCUCUGAGCUUGGUGGUUUCCUUGGUGGACAUUUUCAUCACCAAACUAGGUAAUAUCAUCAGUGCUAGAAGGGAGUGGGGCUUGUGGGAGAAGGAGGAGGAGGAAUGCUCGCAUACUUAAAGGCAAUUCAAGGAAGGCACGUUCCUUUAUGCCUGCCACACACACACACACACAGUCGCUUAAAAACAAUUCCCUAAAUUGGUUUGUCGAGCGAAAUACAAUAUCAUCUGUUUCCCACACGGACCUCAAUUUCCAGGUGAAUAGCAUUUGUCUUCCUGCCUCCCUGAACCUGCCUGUCAGCCUGGGAUGAAGCGACGUCAAAUGAAGAAACAUUUGGAGGGUUGUGCAGCUGCCAAUCCAAGCGAAGGGCCACAGAAUCCUAGGCAAGAGUAGAAGAGAAGGGAAAGGUUUAGAGAAGACGAGAAAAGGAUCAAGACGUCAAAAUCUAAGUUGAGUGUUGAAUGGUGUGGGAAGCCUCCCCUCCCGCCCCAGAAGAAUGAAAUAUUUUAGGAAAUAUUUUUUUAAAAAGGCAGAAUAUUGUAUUUCCCUAAAAGAGAAAUGGAGAAACAUGUUUUUAGAGGCAGAAAGCAGCCCCCAGUCUUUCUUAAUAGCCCGCAGCAGAUGCCAGCACUUAAGGAGAUAAAGAGCUUCUUGAAAGAGGAAACCCACUAUCUAGAUGUCUCCAUUCAUAAGCAAAGCAAAUACUACCAGCAGAAGCCCGUUCAAGAUAUUGCAAAAUCUCCAUUCCUUCCCCACUCCAGGGGAAGGAUACUGCAAAAUCUCCAUUCCCUCCCCACUCCAGGGGAAGGAUACUGCAAAAUCCCCAUUCUCACCCCACUCCUGGGGGAAGGAUAUUGCAAAAUCUCCAUUCCCUUCCCACUCCUGGGGGAAGGAUAUUGCAAAAUCUCCAUUCCCUCCCGACUCCAGGGGAAGGAUACUGCAAAAUCCCCAUUCCCACCCCACUCCAGGGGAAGGAUACUGCAAAAUCCCCAUUCCUCCUCACUCCUGGGGGAAGGAUACUGCAAAAUUUCCCUUCCCACCCCACUCUGGGGCCAGCCAGAGGUGAUAUUUUCCGGUUCUCCGAACUACUCAAAAUUUCCGCUACCGGUUCUCCAGAACCUGCUGGAUUUCACCCCUGCCAGACACCCUUUUAGAACACAAAAUCCCCUUCAUUGCAAGACCCCCCCAGAACAAUCUAAACUUCAAAGUCAUGGAAACCUCUAAAGAUCCAUCCCCUCAUUCAACCGUUUGGUCAGCUGUGACUGUCCCAAAAUCACAUGUGGUUGGUGGUUUUGCGUCAUCAUCAAUAAAUGGACCCUUCCUUUCCAA